GCGCUCCGAGCUCCCCCACGCCCCCUGCGCCCCUCGGCCGCGCUCCCCUUCUCCGCCCUGCGGGCCCCGGGAGGCCGGGCCAUGCGCCCAGGCUAGUGCGCCCGGGGCGCAGCGCCGACCGGGGCUGCCCCGCUGCCCGCUCCCGCCGCCGGCAUGCUGCGCCCGCUGCUGUUGGCGGCGCUCUGCCUAGCCGUCCGCCUCGGACCCAGCCGCAGCUGCCAGCUGCCGUCUGAGUGGAGACCCCUGAGCGAGGGUUGUCGCGCCGAGCUGGCCGAGAUCAUCGUGUACGCCAAGGUGCUGGCCCUGCACCAGGAGGUGCACGGCCUCUACAACUACCUGCCCUGGCAAUAUGAGGCUGGCGAGGCAGGGCUCUUUUACUCCGCCGAGAUCGAAAUGCUGUGCGACCAGGCGUGGGGCAGCAUGCUCGAGGUCCCCGCCGGCUCCAGGCUCAACCUUACCGGCCUGGGCUACUUCUCGUGUCACUCCCACACCGUGGUCCAGGACUACUCCUAUUUCUUCUUCCUCAGGAUGGAUGACAAUUAUAACCUCUUGCCUCAUGGAGUCAAUUUCCAAGAUGCCAUCUUUCCAGACACUCAAGAGAACAGAAGGAUGUUUUCCAGCCUUUUCCAGUUUUCGAACUGUUCGCAAGGGCAGCAACUGGCCACUUUUUCCAGCGACUGGGAGAUCCAAGAAGAUAAUAGGCUCAUGUGUUCAUCGGUGCAGAAGGCCCUGUUUGAGGAGGAGGAUCACGUCAAGAAGCUGCAGCAGAAGGUGGCCACCCUGGAGAAGCGGAACAGGCAGCUCCGGGACCGGGUGAAAAAGGUUAAGAGGUCUCUGCGUCAGGCGCGGAAGAACAGCCGCCACCUGGAACUGGUCAACCAGAAGCUCAGUGAGAAGCUGGCAGCCACGGCAGGAGCCAUCCCGCACAUCAACGCCCUGGGGCGGGAGCCCGCUCGCCGUACCUACAUGCGGGGGUAGGGGGGACCCCACGGAGCCUCAGCCAGCACUGCUGGGGCGCAGUGCCUCUCGCCAGAGAAUGGAAGAUGAUGAUGGUGUUGGACGUGUACAUAUUUCAGAUCUUGUAGAAGAUAUUUUUGCUAUGCAUUUGGUAGUGUCUAGUUGGUUUAAAGGGCAAGUCUUGCUGCCCCUACCUCGCCUGGUCCCAGACAUGGUGCUGGGAGUCCAGAGGCAGCAAGAUCAAGCAAGCUGUAUGCUUGCCUGAGGCCUGUGCUCAGCUUCUGGGAGCAGCCUGCAAAGUGCAAAAAAUGGGGAAAGCACAUUUUAGACUCUCUAGGUGUAUGAGACUUCAAGGAGGUUGGCCUUUACUUCAGAAGAGGGGGCAAUGUGGUCUCAGCUCUGAGCUCCAGAAAGUAGUUUUGAGGAGUGAUCUGAAUUGUGCCAUGGGACCGUCCGGUGUCUCAUUUUCCAGAUUUUUGGAAGGAGGAUGGUAGCCUUGCAAAACUCCCAGGGGUGCUUAUAAGGAACACGUGUAGCAUGUCCCUACUCCAGCCAGCAUAUUCUCACAGCUGAGGCAUGUGAACUUAAUGAACUUGGCACAGGUAAGGGAACUGAGUUGGACAGAAGGCCAUUAAAAACAUACAUUAUAUCCAGUUUCCAAUACCAGCUGCCCAGAGCUGAAGAUGACAUCUUGGGGUCCCUUUAAUCAAGGGGGACAUGGCCUUUUACGGGCCUGCCAUGUUUCAUCAUACCACGGUCCCAAGUUGGAAAACCCUGAGCGGGAUCGCAGCCCCUUCUAAAUUUUUAUUGUUCGCUCAGUAAUUUCUUCCCACUUUUCCAGAUUCAAGGGGAGCUGCCCCAAGACGCUGUGGACUUUGGUAAGGACACUUCCUUACCGAUUGGGAUCAGGUGGCCUCACCUCCUUCGCAUCCAGACCCCCAAAGGGCUUUUUGCAGGUGUUCCAACCUCUUGCUUCUUUAUGCAAAUGCUUUCCGCCCACCAGGACAGACCGUGCCCUGGAGCAGUGUUUGUACAUCAGUCCCACCUGUUGUGACUGCCCCUGUACCCAAUCAAGACACUUCAUCCCCUUGGGAAAGAUGCCUUUAAAGACAGUCCUACAAGAAAACAGCAGCAUGUUCAUUAUACCUGCCUCUUGAGCUCUUGACUUAGGCACAUUUGACCAAGUCCCAGUUGUGUCCUUAAGAAGUCAGUUGAGUGCCCUGUCGGUUAUCUUCUGUUGCUGAGAGGAGACGACCACCUUUCCCUUCCCUGCUUUUCCAGAUAGAAGCUCCUGGCCCUUCACCAGGGGACCUGCUGCCCAUGGACCACCCGCGACACUGCAGGGCCUGAUUAUUCUGACUUCCCAUUAAAAGUAGCAGCUACUGUCAGAUUUCCAUUCCACUGGCAGCCAGUCUGAGGGUUGGACCUUGUGUCACUUGAGUCUAGGUGGCAGGCUCCCGCCUCAGGGGCGACCUCUCUGCUCUCAACUGAAUGGCAUUGAAACUUUUUGCUCAAGGGCACUUCAUUUCCAAGCUUCUGCCUCCACUUUACUAGCUUAUGCUUCCUAGUGGGUACAACAGAAGGGACGUCUUCCAGGUUACUCCUCCUGGGGACAUUUCCUUAGAGCGGUUGUGCUUUCAACGAAGGGAUAACAAGCCCAAGCGUGAUUUACAGUCAGUGUUGGACGAACUGUGGAUGCUGGGUCUCUACAGCUGCAUUAUGAUUCCCUUUUCAAUAAAUAUGAGCAAUAUUUCAGCCACAACAGUAAAGUGAUGUGUUUCUUUCA